GGCUGGAUCCGCGAAAGAGGAGUACUCGUGCGGGACAUCGAUCUGUUCCUCCGAUCCGACAUACGGCGUUGUUGUGGACACGUUGUCGUUUAUCAACGGCGGUCCCACCGGGAACGGAGCUCAGUCAACGUGCGGUCGUGAUCGCGGACGGAAGCGCUAGAAACACCCGAUACAGUGCGGUUGUGGGCCGGAAGUGCGAUAGUUUGCUGGCGGAAAGUGUUUGAAUUGCGAACAGCUGAAAGUUCUCACUAUUUGCGUUAGGUGCAUGUGAAGGAGAAAAUUGUUUCUAAUAGAUUGAAUCAAAAAAAAAUUGUGCUGUUUCUUAAUUACUUCAAGAGAAUUAAAAUAAUAUGAGAAAAAAAUUGACAUUCAUAACUCUCCAAAGUAGUGAUUAAAUACCUGGAAGAGACUGAAAGCCUCUGAAAUAUAAAGAAUCACAUCAGAUCAAAAUAGAACACCAACGAACCGAUGACAGUUGUCUAGGACCAGCUUAUUGUCACAAAACAGCUCCGACGAAAAGUGAAGUGUCAUAAAAUCAUUACCAGUUUUAGCAGGCAGCUUCCCAAUCUUAGCAACAUUAACCCAAUAAGCGUGAUUAAACCCGCACCGGAAGCCGAAUUCAUCACGCUGGUUGGCUGUGAAGAAGCACACGGGUUCGAAUGCGGCGUUGAACCGAGUUGGACUAGUGAAUAGUGAAUUUAUUCGGUCGAAGAAACUGCCGUCUGCCGUGGCAGUAGGGAAAGGCAGUAGCAGCAGUAGCAGGCCACCGGACAGUCGACAAACGUACAACGCGGACAACAGCAGCAGCGAGAUGAGCGAACAGUCGACAACGGUCAGCAGUGGCAGUUUUAUGCUAAUAGCAUCAAUUGUGAUAUUAUCAGUAAUUACCAGCGCCAGGUGUCAAGACUUUGGAUAUGAUGGUGCAAAAGGUCCAUCCCACUGGGGCGAACAGUACAACAGCUGUACCGGCAAGCAUCAGAGUCCGAUCAACAUCAACUCGCUGGAGGUGAAAAAGGUGAAUCUACCUCCGCUGGUGCUAAAUGAGUUCGACACGCCUCCGGCCCAGACCAACCUGACCAACAAUGGACACACGGUGGCAGUCACGAUGAGUGCCGACCACAUCCCAACGAUUUCCGGUGGUCCACUGACGGGAGAGUAUCGUUACUCUCAGCUUCACUUUCAUUGGGGUGAUAACGAUACGGUGGGCAGCGAAGAUAUGAUCGACAAUCAUAUCUUUCCCAUGGAACUGCAUGUGGUAUUUUUCAAGCAGCAGUACGGAAAUGCCAAACAGGCCAUGAAGCAUUCGGACGGCCUAACGGUGCUGGCAUUCUUCUACGAGGUCGCUCCGGAGGAUAACCCCACGUACGAGGAGUUUGUCCAUCUGCUGGGCAAUGUGACCAGUUCGCACAAAUCGGCGUCCUUCGUAAGUCCUCCCUCACUGAGGGACUUGAUAGCGCGUGAUCUGUUGCAUUACUACACGUACGAUGGGUCACUGACGACGCCGCCGUGCAGCGAGGUUGUCACGUGGAUCGACUUCAAGGAGCCAAUUUUGCUGUCCCAUGCGCAGAUUGAGGCAUUCCGCGCGCUAGAGGACGAAGAAGGACGCCCACUGACCCACAAUUUUCGCCCGAUUCAACCGCUGGGCGAUCGCGUGGUGAUGUUCAACACGGACGAGAUCGUCAAGGACGUCGACCUGACGGAUGACGAAGCGGAGAUGCCGCCGCCCGACGAGGAGCAGGAGCAGACGCUGGAUGGCAGCAGUGCCAAACCGGAUGACGCCCGGAAACCGAAGCACGGUGGUCGGACAGGACGACCGGACAGUGGGACCGGUUCGGUCGCCGCUAGCUGGAUGCUGGUGCUGACGUUUGCGGCGUUGGUUCGCUGUUUAGUCGGUUAAGAAGGAUGCUCGCUCCUCGCGUUCUCUAUUGAAUUAAUUGUAAAUAGCUGAAUAGUAGAUACCUAAUUUAAAAGCGAUGCUAUGCUAUAUGUUGAUAUUCGAUAGCGGUUGAAUUUCUCUCAAGCGAAUUUACUGUGAAAAUGAACAAUAAGUUAAUCGGUGCACGAUUUUUAGGACUACGAUUCGAUAAGAAUUAUCUCGAUAGAUGUAAUGUAUUGGUAAUUUUGCAAGUAGGAGACGAAAAAAGCGCUAAAUUAAGUAAUCCGGCCGCAAAUAAACGGAAUAGAGUGGAUAGCAUGAGCUAUGAUGGCAGACCAAAUAUAUGUAAUGAAUAUAAUAAAAAUAAUUUUUGUUGAAAUCAAAAUGAGAUUUCACAAGAGAGUAACUGAUAAUCGUUGAAUGCUACUUACUACACACAUUCUUACGUUUAAUACGGAAAUACCGAAAUUUUGUUCAAAUAAACUCUCUAGAAAUGAGAGCUAGUUCCGCCAAUAUGGUUGCCGGGAGGAUCCGAGUUUUUUACAGCCCUAGUAAUUCCACCAAAUAAUCAAACUUUAGCUUACCUGUAUCUGUAGUGUAUAAAAAUCACUAACACUUUUAUUUAAUUUCAUUUUGCUUCUAUAACCAUUUAGUUAACGUACUUCUU